CGGUGGCGGUGGCGGAGGCAACGGUGGUGGUGGCAAUGGCGGCGGUGGCAACGGUGGUGGUGGCAACGGUGGUGGCAAUGGCGGCGGUGGUGGUGGUGAUGGCGGAUCUUGGAUCCCACCAGUACCCCCCGGCUUCCCCACUGGCAUUCCAUCUGGCGGUCCCACCGUUAUUCCUGGCCUCCCUACCACAACUUCUCCUGGUGUCGUCCCCACUGACGGUAUCCUUCCUGGAGGUGCCGGUGGCAAGACAUCUGGUGGCAAGAACAACACUGGCGCUAUCAUUGGAGGUAUUAUCGGUGGCUUGUGUCUCAUCUGCUUGAUCGCCUUGAUGUUCCUCUUCGCCCGUCGUCGCAGAGAACGCCGUAGUAGAGAAGAAAACGCCCAUGGUAUUCCCCCCGCUGGUCACACCGAGUAUAGCUCUGCCCAUGGCAGUGGCAGCAACCUCCCUCCCUUGGCACCCAUUGGUCCCAUUGAUCUAGAACGUGGUGAAGAUAAGAAUCAGCCUGGCGCUCCUACUAAUACCAAUGCUCAUCCCAGUGUACCUUCUGCUGGCGGUGCUUUCCCAGGACCUUCUGGCUCUGGUGCUUCUCCUAACGGUGACCGCAAUAAUAUUGGUGGCAUCGCUGCCGGCGUUGUUGCUGGUGGUAUUAUUGGUGCUGCUGCAAGCCGUCGUUCGAGCGAGGAUAGUCGUGAAAAGGUUUCUAAUGGUCAUGUCGCCCCUGGCGGUCCCUCUGGCGACAAACCAACUGAGACUAGCAGUGGUCGUGGUGGCUUUGUCCCUGUCCCUGUCCCUGUUUCUGGUGGUCCUAAUGAUGACAACUCUUCAAAGAAUCCUUCUGGCCCUAGCGGUGGUUUCGUUCCUGUUCCUGGUGGCCCCUGUGAUGACGAUUCUAACAACAAUCCCUCUGGCCCUAGUGGUGUGGUCCCUGCUCCUGAUAACUCUACGACUGAAACCACUACGAACAAUUCUGGCGGUGGUCUCAAAGGUACUCUAUGGAGCGUUGCUGGUGCCGCUAGCGCUGCCAUCUUCGGUAAGAAGAAGAAUGACAAUGAUGAAUCGACCACUGUUACUAGCAAGACAACUGUCACGACCAACAAGCAUGGCCCCGUCUACACCACGACUGGCACUGGCGGUCGCACUGUGACCACUGAACGCACGGAGACUGGCACUCCUCGCCAUGUUUUGACUGGCGUUGCCCCUGACUGCACCACUGUCCGCACUAUCACCCAGCGCACCGAGUCAGGUGAAGACAUUUUGAUCCCUGUUGAUGGCCAAGAAGGUGAAGAACGUGAGGUCAUUACUGAACGCGAUGAGAAUGGCAAGAUCCGCUAUAUCAUUGGAAGUGUUAUUGGAGUUGCUGGCGCCAGUGUUGUUCGACAUGUUAUCAAGUCCCAUAAUUCUGAUGAUGGAGAGAGCACCCGUAUCAUCCCUGGCGGUACCACCACCAUCACCUCCUCGACCCGUAUUGUAACUGAGCACACUGAGACUGGAGAGAUUCGCUACGUUAUCGUUGGUGACUUUAGCGGCAACGCCAUUCGUGUCAUCACUGAGCGUACCUCCAACGGCGAGAUUCGUAUGACCCCCACCAACGAGCCUACUGGUGAGUUGCGUCAUGUCAUCACUGAACGCACCAACACUGGUAGCACCCGAUACAUUGUUGGCAGCAUCAUUGCUGGAGGAGUCGCUGGCACCGUUGUUGAGCGCACGCACUCUGGCAGCACCCGUGUUAUCCCUGGAACCAUUAGCACUGUUACCUCGACUACCCGUAUCAUUACUGAGCGCACAUCCACUGGCGAGAUCCGCUAUAUCAUUGUUGGAGGUUUUAGCGGCAAUGCCAUCCGUAUCAUCACUGAGCGCACCAGCACUGGAGAACUUCGCAUGAUCCCCACGAACGAUGAGUCUGCUGAUAUUUAUGAGGUCAUUAAUGAGCGCACCGAGUCUGGCGAGAUCCGCUACGUUGUUGGAAAUAUCAUCAACACCACAAUUACUCGUGUUAUCAUGGGACCUCGCAUUAUGACUGAACGCACCUCGACCAAUGAGAUCCGCUAUGUGAUUGUUGAUCCAUACAACGGCAAUGCUAUCCGCACGAAGUUUGAACGCAAUCAGGAGACUGGUGAAUUUGUCCACAUCCCUGUCAAGGAGCCUGAGGGUGAGUUGCGCUAUGUGAAUGAGGAGAGGACCGAGACUGGAGAGAUUCGCAAGGUCAUUGGUGCUGUCAUUACUGGAAACGUUACUACUAACACCCGCACUGUCUCUGGAAAUCCCAUUCCUGUGGGAAGCUCAACUUCGACCCAGACCCGUAUCGUUGCUGAGCGUGAUGAGACUGGCGAGACUCGCUACUACCAGAUCACUAACGGACCUGAUGGCCAGGAAAUUCGCACUGUCGUCGAGCGUACUGAAGAUGGUAGUUUCCGCAUCCCAGGAGGCGCUGUGAUCGUCGGAGCCGGAGCUACAUUGAUUGGAAACGAACACCAGACCACGACCACGACCCGCGUUGUUGGAGGCGGUACCUUGACCCCUGCUGAGCAGGCUGCGAACAAGACCCAGAUUACGCUCAAGUUGAGUAUCAUGCGUUACGAGCGUGCUGAUGCCUCGGCAGCUAUCCCUAAUGCUGAGAUCGGUACUGUCUUGUUCUCAAAGUUCAAGAAGGUUGCUGCUGGUGAUGUCAAUAUCGAUGACACUCAAUACACACAUGUUGAGGAAGUCAAGGCUCCUCAUGCUCGCCGUACCAUCAAGUGGAUGAAGGUUGAGACCCACUGGAAGCGUGAGGCCGGUAUGCUUCAGCAUCUCAAGUCUGAUCGCUACAUCGCUGACCUUCACACUCUGUACUCGCUCCCUGCGUUUGCUGAAUACCGCUAUGUCUCCAUUUUGGGAUCGUUCUCUCGUACCUUGGAGUCCUACAUGUUGACUGAGCAGUUGUCUUCGACUCAGAUCCGCCAAUUGACUGCUUCGCUCUCGGAUGCUCUGCGCUGGUGUCAUGAGCACCAUGUGGUCCACUUGAAUGUUCGACCAGCCUCGUUCUACAUUGAGGGUGUUCCUGGCAAGGAUGCGGUGAACGGCAAUGGACAGUUGGUCUGGAAGCUUUGGAACUUUGGUCAUGCACGCUUCGUUGGUGAGACUGUGGAUACCUCGGUUACGACUGCUACCUAUGCUGCACCUGAGAUCUUGAACGGACGCAAGAAGGGUGAUGGUAAUGUGUCGUCUGCAGUGACGAUGGAUCGCUGGUCUUUGGGAUUGAUCAUCUAUGAGCUCCAUGCUCGCAAGGCCUACUUCUCCUCCAGCAACUUUGCAGAGUUCCAGUUGACGAACGAGGAUGGCAACAAGUUCACUCCUGCCUUGGACGCCAUCAAGGAGGACGACGCUCGCAAGGCUGUUCGUGGUCUGUUGGAGGUCGAGCCCGAUCACCGUUACACUCACGAGAUAUUGCGCGAUGUCUACUUUGGAAGAGUAUAAUCAUUUUUUAAUUUUAUAAUCACAAAAAUACCCACUACAACUACUUUUUUUACUAUUGCAAAGAAAAGAAAAAAAAA